CUUGUUGUCAGACGUGCCCCUCAAGUCGUCCUCUGUAAAUGGUGUCACGGUGUGAAGCCUAAACGUUGGCUGAACCUCGGGUUGUUCUCAUUUAGUGUGCGUUUAUCCGCGGUACGCUAUGACAGCCAGGGGGACGCCGAGUCGCUUCCUGAAGAGCGUCCUCCAGAACGGCGUGGGUCGCUACGUCUGUCAGCUGAAACGGGUUUCCAUCAUCUUCUCCAAGAAUUCACACAGCUCUCGGGGUGUCAGGGACUUCAUCGAGGAGGGCGUGGUGGAUUUUGCCAAAAAGAAUCCUGGAACUGUUGUCUACGUCUCUCCUCAGCCAGUCGACAACCCCAGAAUAGUUGCUGAGUAUUUAAAUGGAACGGUGAAAGAAGAGCCAAUCACUAGCAAAACCCGACCAGAAAUCUCCGAAAUUCUGACCAAGCUGAUCAAUCAGUCCGGCCUGGAGAUCAUCCGCAUCCGCAAACCCUUCCACACGGACAGUCCCAGCAUCCAGGGCCAGUGGCACCCCUUCACCAAUCGGCCCGCCUCCAUUGGAAUCAUCACACCAAAUAAACAAACUCCCAAGUGACAAACGAGAUUAUUGACUCAUGUUGAAAUAAAUGUUUUUUCAUGUGUGAAAUCUCCUUUUUUCCUCCAAAAA